AUUUUUGUCUGUCUCGGCUGGAUUUGGCAUUUCUUUUAUUUGGGUAAGACUAACUGGGCAAUUCACUUGUUGAAAACAUGGCAGUAGACUGGUGUGCCUCGGCGUGUGGUAGCUUAGAGAACAUGGUGACGGUUGUAAGGGAUAUGGACCAUAAAAAAGACGAUAGAGAUAAAAUGGUGACAGUUGUAAGGGAUAUGGACCAUAAAAAAGACGAUAGAUAAAAUGGUGUGCCUCGGCGUGUGGUAGCUUAGAGAACAUGGUGACGGUUGUAAGGGAUAUGGACCAUAAAAAAGACGAUAGAGAUAAAAUGUCCCUUUCCUAAUGAUAAGAUAUCUCACUUUUGCUUUGAAUUGUUAUCCAACAAUGGCUAUAAGACUAGUUUCUCAAACUAGGGGUGUCUUAUCAAAAAUGGGAGGGACACAAACCGCAACUGGAAAUUUGGUUUUUGCUGUUAAUGGUGAGAGGUUUGAACUUCCAACCAUUGAUCCUUCAACCACUUUGCUCGAGUUCUUGCGUUCACACACUCCCUUCAAAAGUGUCAAGCUCAGUUGUGGUGAAGGAGGUUGUGGUGCAUGCGUUGCGUUGCUAUCCAAGUAUGAUCCGGUGCUUGACAAAGUCGAGGAUUUUACUGUAAGUUCAUGCCUGACAUUACUAUGCAGUGUAAAUAGAUGCUCAAUUACAACAUCAGAAGGACUUGGAAAUAGCAGAAAUGGGUUCCAUGCGAUUCAUAAAAGGUUCACUGGUUUCCAUGCUUCUCAGUGUGGUUAUUGUACUCCAGGAAUGUGUGUUUCACUCUUUGGGGCUCUUGUCAAUGCUGAGAAAACCAAUCGGUUGGAGCCCCCCCCACCAUUCUCCAAGCUUACUGUUUUUGAGGCCGAAAAGGCUGUUGCAGGGAACAUCUGUCGCUGUACUGGUUACCGACCAAUUGCUGAUGCCUGCAAGAGUCUUGCAGCUGAUGUUGAUAUUGAGGAUUUGGGGUUGAACUCAUUUUGGAGAAAGGAACACAGUAAGGAAGAAAAGAUAAGCAAGUUACCUGUGUAUGACCGUAAUGAUGAGGUUUGCACAUUUCCCGAGUUUUUAAAGAUGGAAAUCAGGUCUGGCAUCUCUUUUGAUUCAAAAAGAUAUAAUUGGUACACUCCUGCUAGUGUUGAGGAGCUUCAAAACUUAUUAAAUUUUGAUGAAGGGACUGGGACAAAAAUAGUAGUUAGUAACACAGGGAUGGGAUAUUACAAGGAACUAGAACCCUAUGACAGAUAUAUUGAUCUGAAACAUAUUCCUGAACUCUCAAUGCUUAGGAUUGAUCAAACAGGAGUUGAGAUUGGAGCAGCCGUAACAAUCUCCAAAAUUAUUGAAACUUUGAAAAAUGAAAACCAGCAUGAGUUUCGACCAACAGAUAGAAUUAUAUUACAAAAACUUGCCAACCAUAUGGAGAAAAUUGCUACAGGGUUCAUCAGAAGUACGGCUAGUGUGGGGGGAAAUUUGGUGAUGGCACAGAGAAAAUAUUUUCCUUCAGAUAUUGCUGCCAUACUUCUCGCUGUAGAUUCAACAGUAGAUAUAAUGAGUGGUCACCAAUUCAAAAAAAUUACAUUGGAGGAGUUUCUAGAAGGGCCUCCAUUAGAUUCUAAUAGUAUACUAAUAAGUGUUAAAAUCCCAAAUUGGGCAUCAGUUGGUAAACUUUCUCCAGAAAACAAUACUACCUUGCUGUUUGAAACCUACAGAGCUUCACCCAGGCCUUUAGGCAAUGCAUUGCCUUAUUUGAAUGCUGCCUUCUUGGCCGAAGUCUCUCCAACUAAGACUUCAGAUGGAGUCUUGGUGAAUCACUGUCAGAUGGCUUUUGGUGCUUAUGGGACAAAACAUGCUAUUAGGGCAAGAACGAUAGAGAAAUUUUUGACUGGAAAAUUGUUAAGUUCUGAUGUUUUAUACAAAGCUAUCAAAUUAGUUAGAGCUGCUGUAGUUCCUGAAGAUGGCACUGCAAAUCCUGCAUAUCGAUCAAGUUUGGCCGCUGGUUUUCUUUUUGAGUUCUUUAGCUCAUUGAUAGAUAGUGGCACUGAAAUUAGCAAUGGCUUCUCAAAUGGAUAUACCAGUACUUCAUUGUUCAAACAUUCUAAACCAGUACAGAAUAAUAACCAACAUUACCCUAACAAGAUUCCAACAAUGCUAUCAUCUGGAAAGCAAGUGCUUCAAUUAAGUAAAAGCUAUAAUCCAGUUGGUGAGCCAAUUACAAAAUCUGGAGCUGCCAUCCAAGCUUCAGGUGAGGCUGUAUAUGUAGAUGACAUUCCUUCACCCGUAAAUUGCUUACAUGGAGCAUUCAUUUACAGCAGAAAGCCACUAGCAUGGGUGAAGAGUAUAAAACUCAACCAGAAACCAUUUCCAGAUGGAGUUGCAGCAGUUAUAUCUUCUAAAGACAUCCCUGACCAUGGGAAGAAUGUAGGGUCCAGGACUGGGUUUGGUGCUGAACCUUUGUUCGCUGAUGAUCAGACUCAUUGUGCUGGUCAGCGUGUUGCCUUAGUGGUUGCAGAUACACAGAAACUUGCAGAUAUGGCUGCAAAUAGUGCAGUGGUUAGUUAUGGAAUGGAAAAUCUCGAGCCACCUAUUUUAUCUGUAGAAGAGGCUGUUAAAAGAUCUAGUUUCUUUGAUGUUCCUCCUUUCUUCCGGGGAAAACCUGUAGGUGACAUAUCGAAAGGAAUGGAUGAAGCUGAUAACAAGAUUGUUUCUGCUGAGAUCAGACUUGGUUCUCAAUACUAUUUCUAUAUGGAGACACAAACAGCCCUUGCAAUUGCCGAUGAAGACAACUGCAUUGUGGUCUACAGUUCAGUUCAGUGUCCUGAGUAUGCACAUGGUGUUAUUGCAAAAUGUCUAGGCGUGCCUGCACAUAAUGUCCGUGUUAUUACAAGAAGGGUUGGAGGUGGCUUUGGUGGAAAGGCCAUGCAUGCCAUGCCAAUUGCAACAGCAUGUGCACUUGCAGCACAGAAAUUACAACGCCCUGUCCGGAUGUAUCUGAAUCGCAAGACUGAUAUGAUAGUGACAGGAGGAAGGCACCCAAUGAAAAUAACUUACACUGUUGGAUUCAAGUCUGAUGGAAAGAUUACAGCUUUACAACUAGAGAUAUUGAUUGAUGCAGGCAUUGCAAUCGAUGUAAGUCCAAUAAUUGUACCCAAUGUAUUGAAUGGGCUUAAGAAGUAUGAUUGGGGUGCUCUAUCUUUUGACAUAAAACUAUGCAAAACAAACAGUACCAGUAAGUCUGCAAUGCGGGCACCUGGAGAGGUACAGGGGUCAUAUAUUGCAGAAGCUAUAAUUGAACGUGUGGCAUCUACGCUUUCUUUAGAAGUUGAUUCUGUCAGAAAUGUAAAUCUUCACACAUACAACAGCCUUAAAUCAUUCUAUGAGGGAAGUGCUGGUGAACCAGUAGAGUAUACUUUACCUUCAAUAUGGGAUCAAUUGGCUGUGUCUUCAAGCUUUAACCAAAGGAUUGAAAUGAUGAAUGAAUUUAAUAGGCGUAAUAAAUGGAAAAAGAGGGGAAUCUCUCGUGUACCAAUCGUGCAUGAAGUGUUAUUGAGACCAACUCCAGGGAAGGUAAGCAUUCUAAAUGAUGGAUCUGUUGUUGUUGAAGUUGGAGGGAUUGAGUUGGGCCAAGGGCUCUGGACAAAGGUAAAACAGAUGGUUGCUUAUGCUUUAAGUUUGAUCCAAUGUAAUGGAGAUGGAGACCUCUUGGAUAAAGUGCGAGUCAUACAAGCUGAUACAUUGAGCUUAAUUCAAGGGGGUCUUACCGCUGGGAGCACUACUUCAGAAUCAAGCUGUGAGGUAGUUAGACUGUGCUGUAAUAUCCUGGUUGAGAGGCUAACUACUCUCAAAGAAAAGUUGCAGAAGCAAACUGGCAAUGUCCAAUGGGAGACACUUAUUUCUAAGGCGUACAUGCAAAGUGUGAACCUAUCAGCGAGUUCCUACUAUAUCCCUGAUACAUCAUCAAAUUCAUACCUAAACUAUGGUGCAGCAGUGAGUGAGGUUGAGGUGAAUCUUUUGACUGGAGAAACCACAAUUUUGCAAGUGGAUCUUAUCUAUGACUGUGGACAGAGUCUCAACCCGGCUGUGGAUUUAGGACAGAUUGAGGGAGCUUUUGUACAAGGAGUUGGCUUUUUCAUGUCUGAAGAAUACCUGACAAAUUCUGAUGGACUUUUGGUCUCGGACAGUACGUGGACAUACAAGGUUCCUUCAAUGGAUACCAUACCUAAACAGUUCAAUGUUGAGAUAUUGAACAGCGGACAUCAUGAAAAACGUAUUCUUUCUUCAAAAGCUUCUGGUGAGCCGCCAUUACUGCUAGCGGUUUCAGUUCAUGGCGCUACGAGUGCUGCUAUCAAAGAAGCAAGAAAACAGCUUCUUUCAUGGAGCAGCAAAGAUGGAUCAGAGUCAAUAUUUCAAUUGGAUGUUCCUGCUACCAUGCCCGUUGUGAAGGAGUUCUGUGGGUUGGACAUUGUGGAGAAGUACUUGGAAUGGACUAUAGCUAGCAGCAAUAAUUGAGAACGCUUUUAUGGAAUGUAUAUAGAUGCAAAGGAUGCACUUUAAUGAGCAAUAAUUAUAUAUGUAGUACAAAGAAAAAGUAAAUGCUUAUUGUUGUAGUGAUAUGAUAAUAUGUUGUAUUUAUCA